AUGGCAUACGCUGAGGAACGAGAGAAAGUAUAUGAACUCGAAGCACAGGAACUGCAACAGUUCAUCUUUUGUGAAAAUAACAACGGCUCAGUAGAGCCCGAUGGCAAACAAAAGAAGAAACCGAUUGAAAAUUUACGUGAGGAUGCUUUUUUAAAUUGUGAAAAAAUUGAAUUACAACGUUUUCCAUUUUUGCCUACUGAUUAG